AUGACCAAAAGCAGCCUCAAACCCAAGAACUGGCCCCAAGAAGUCCAAUAUCUGACUUCACUCUCCUUGAUGCCUUCAGUGGACCCGGCGACGCUCAGAUCACCGAGUCCUGGCACUCUGCCACUCAUAGCGUCUCGACCAGCGGCGCCGAGUUUGUGGACAAAUAUCUUACCUAUCACCAACCCGACACACCCCGCCUUUGGACAGAACGGGCUCUUUGCUACGAGAUCCCUCUCACCAGGAUCAUUUAUCUUAUUCUAUCUCGGUCUUGUGCAUACCAGUGCCACCACUGACCCUGCCUCAGAUUACGAUCUUAGCUUAGACCGAGAACACGACAUCUCCAUCGAUGCUACACGAUGCGGUAACGAAGCUAGGUUCAUCAAUGACUACCGUGGCGUACGAUUAGAAGGCCCAAAUGCCGAGUUCCGCGACUGCGCCUUUCAGGUGAGCGCAGGUGUGUGGGAGAAGAGGAUAGGUGUCUUUGUCCUCGACAAAGGCAAGAGCCUCAAAGGCCCUCGAGCCAAAGGCAUUGCCAAAGGCCAGGAGAUUGUGGUGAGCUACGGGAAAGGUUUUUGGAAUGCCCGGCAUGUCACGUCAGAGCUUUCCGCGACAGUCGAAGCAAACCUGAACUGA